AUGCACCAUAUCUAUCUCUGCCCCCACUCCCACCCCGCCCAGGCCCUGACCGUCAAGGACACCAUCGCCCGCAAGAAGGCCGCCAUGGCCCCCGACGUGGCCAAGGCCCUGGGCCGCCUGGCGUCUGGGCUGUACAUUGUGACCGCCGCGCACAACAACGCGCGCAGCGCGAUGAUCGCGUCCUGGGUGGCGCAGGCAAGCUUUGAGCCUCUGGGCCUGACCAUUGCUGUGGCCAAGGACCGCGCCAUCGAGUCCAUGAUGCAGGUCGGCGACCGCUUCGUGCUCAACUGCCUGGGCCAGGGCACCUUUGAGCCGCUCAUGAAGCACUUCCUCAAGCGCUUCGCCGCCGGCGCCGACCGCUUCCAGGGCAUUGAGUGGUUUGCAGCCACCAACGGCUCCCCCGUGCUCAAGGACGCAAUCGCCUACAUCGAGUGCACCGUGGUCAGCCGCAUGGAGACCCCCGACCACUGGAUCACCUACGCCCAGGCGCGCUGCUGCAUCCCCUCCUCACACAUGCCGUCCCGUGCAGCGCCGUCCGUGACAUGCGGUGACGUCAUGAACAGCGACGCGAUCACGGCUGUCCACCACCGCAAGGUCGGCAACUACUAUUGA